UGGGUUAGGUGAAAAAUUGAGUCAGAGGACACACCUCACAGAGAGUGGAGAGAACCUUAACAUGAAAGUUCAGCUGGACCCUGAGGCUGCUAUUUCUUUACAGACAAGUGAUGAUCAGCAGGAGUUACCACACAUCCUGAGUGCAGGGUGUGGUGGUGAAGGGCGUGACUCUGACACACAGUGUAUCACACUGUCCAGGUGAGAAAGUGUUUAUAAAGCAGCAGCCAGGAAGCAACACACACUUAAAGAGAGGAAAUAACAGAGGUGAUAUAGUAGCGGCUGCCAGAAUCUUUCAUAUAGGAGAAACACAGCAUGAUGAUACUUUUACUUCUAGCUGCCUUAACUGCAGUAUCACAGGCCCAGACUGAUUGCUCUCGGGGGGCUUGUUACCCACCCAGCAAUAACCUGCUCUUGGGUAGGGCUCACCAGCUCCAUGCCUCCUCCACCUGUGGCCUCACCGGCUCCGAGGUCUACUGCAGCCCAUACCCACUGGGGAGGAUGAAGUGUUGUCCAUGUGACUCCAGGAACCCAAAUGGGCCGCUGGCCCACACUGUCCAGGAUGUCCUGUCCACCUCUGGACCAGAGAGAUGGUGGCAGUCCAAGAAAGACGUGAGUCCAGUCACUCUCCAGUUGGACCUUGACAACCUGUUCCAGCUUGACAACUUGUUUCUCAACUUCAAGGGCCCUCGUCCCAGUGCCUUGGUUAUAGAGAGGACACUAGACAACGGCAGGACAUGGGAGCCCAGCCUCUACCUGGCUACAGAUUGUCAAAGGACUUUUCCUGGCAUCCCCACGUCAACACCUCUUAAGCUGGAUGAUACAUACUGCUACACACUGCCCUCUACUGAAGCAACCCCCUACCAAGACCACAUAAUUGAGUUCAGUCCUCUGCGUCAGUAUGCUUAUGUCCCAGCUCCCAAGAGCCAAAAAAUUGAAGGUGUCACUGGGUUAACGGGGCUGAGAGUGAAGCUGACAGAGCUGGGUGAUGUGCCACGUCACCCAGGCAGAGCUCUCAGUAGGUUUUAUGCCCUGAAGGAGAUGAGGGUGAUGGGCAGAUGUAUGUGCCAUGGACACGCCAACCGAUGUCUGCCAGAGGCCUAUAACAACCCACUGUCCAAUACCAUACAAGUGAAUCCUCAGUGUGACUGCCAACAUAACACAGCAGGCAUGAACUGUGAGCGUUGUGCUGAUCUCUACAACGAUCUACCCUGGAGACCUGCAGAGGAGGGAGACACUCAUGCCUGCAAACGCUGUGAGUGCAACAACCAUGCCCAGCGCUGUCAUUUUGACCAGGCAGUGUACGAUGCUAGUUGGCAGAGUAGUGGAGGUGUGUGUGAGGGUUGUCUGCACCACACCACAGGGCCAAAGUGCGACCAGUGUGCCCCAGGCUACCAACCCAACCCCCGCAGCCGAAUGGACCGUCCUGACGCCUGCAUUCGCUGUAUCUGCAAUCCUGAGGGGACAGUGAACGGGGGCCAGUGUGACGACAUCACAGGCUCGUGUCAGUGUAAAGUGAAUGUCGAAGGUCCCCGCUGUGACCGCUGUAAAAGAGGCCACCAUGGUCUGAGCGACUCCAACCCUCUGGGCUGCACCAAGUGUUCCUGUUCUCCUGACGGGUCCAUGUCAGACGUCUGUGACGCUCUGACUGGCCAGUGUCCCUGUCAUCCCCACUUCCAUGGCCUGACCUGUGAAGUCUGUUCAAAAGGCUACUGGAAACCAGUCCUGUCCGGACGCUGUAAACCCUGUGCCUGUGACCCCACCAGGUCAUACAGUGAUACCUGUGACCAGGUGACUGGUCAGUGCCAAUGCAGACCAGGGUUUGGAGGCCGAACAUGUACAGAGUGCCCAGAGAACUCUUACGGAGACCCACUAAUAGGCUGCCAGCCAUGUGGGUGUGAUACAGAUGGAACCCUUCCAGAGGUUUGUGAUAAGCAGACAGGAGCCUGUUUAUGUCAGCUGGGUGUCACCGGGACACGCUGUGACUCCUGCACUCGAGGACACUGUGAUUCUUUCCCUGCCUGCGAGACGUGUCCCUCCUGCUUCUUCACACUGGAUGCACAGAUGCAGAACCUCAGCUUAACUCUGGAGAGACUCUCCUCCGGCUUCCCCUCACGUCCUGGAGGUGACACUGAUAUUGGAAAGUUCGGGCCUCGCAUCCGGACCCUGGAGGCCAGUCUGAAACUGAUCCAAGACUCCAUCCUCCUUCCUCCAAAUAUUGUCAAACAGAUCGAUGGUGCUCUGUCCCGACUGGACAAGCUGAGGGACCAGGUGGACGAGGUUAAUGAUGACCUCCCACCUGCUACAAGACCUCCUGGUCUGGAGUCAGAGCUGAACAAGCUGCAGGCUCUGCUGGAUGGCCUCAGUGUGUUGUACAAAGCCAAGAAAAGUGCCACAGAGAACACCAUCAGUCCCAACAAUGCAGGAGCAUUUACUGCCAUCAAGAACGCCUAUGAUGAGUCGACAGAUGCAGCCAAGAAGGUAGAUGCCAGCGGAAACACGGUGAAGGAGUCAGCUGACAAGAGAGAAGAAACUAAAGAUCUUCAGGGCAACGUGCAACCAGACAACACCAGAGAUCUGAACAAUCUGAACCAGAGCAUGGCUACCCAACCUGACCUCACUCCUGUUGCCAAACAGGUAUGCGGCAGUGUUCGCACUGAGCCCUGCACCCCUCUUCUAUGUGAGGGUGGAGACUUGUGUCCACCGCGGGGAACCCCAAUGUGUGUAAAGGGGAAAAAGUGUGUGGGCGCCCUGCCGCUGAGUAAGAGGGCAAAGGCUGAUUCUAAGGAUGUGAAGGAGCAACUGGACAAGCUCUCUGUGAAUGUCACGGAGGCUACAGAGAAGCUUCAGGAAACACAGGACACAACCAAUCAGGUGAGACAGUCAGCAGAAAAGCUGUCCAAUAAGAUGAAGCGGACCAGAGACGAGCUAGAAGAUGACUUAAAGGAGACACGUGAUGCUGUGAAGGAACUCAAAGACUUCCUGUCAGACCCGUCCUCCAACCUGACCCACAUCAAGGAGGUGAGUGACUGGAUCCUGAAUGCCAAGCUGCCUAUCGAACAGGCUGAUCUGAAGAGAAAGCUGGAGGAGCUGAAGAAUCUGGCAGCCAUUCUUCCAGACAGCACAGCUGUGUUGAAGGACGCAGAGCCCCUGCUGGCGAGAGCCAGGAAACUGUUGCAGGAGGCCCAGGAUGCCAGGGACACAGCUCUGGGAGUAAAUGCGGAUGUGGACGGGCUGCUGGAAGGCUUGGGUUCGGUGGACAGCUCUCUCACUGGCCUGGAGGAAAAACUGCAGAGCAGCAUAGAUUCCAUAGACAACCUGAACAAUACCCUGACUGAGGCCAAGGACAAGCUGCCCCCAGCAGAGAAGGAUCUGGAUGAUGUAUCCACGCAGAUAAAGUCAAUAAAACCUCAACUGGACGAGAUCAAAGACAUUCUGCAGAAUGGGAGCCAGCAGGCCGGGUUAGCACAGGCAACUGCAGACAAAGCGGAGGAUGAAGCAGCUGCUGCAAAUGAGGACCUGUUGUCCUUAGAGGACGAGCUUGACAAACUUAAAGACCAGGUUGCUGCCAGUGGGUCUGGUGGAAAUGCCGGGGAUGUGGGAGAUCGACUGGCAAAGCUACAGCAGGACGCUGGAACUCUGGCCAACACCACUGCUGACAUGAUGAAUUCUCUAGAAGGUAAGGCAGAUUCCCUGAGGAGCCUUCAGGAUCAGAUUGUUCAGAACUCAACAAUGCUUGAAGGACUUGAUGUCAAGCUAAAAGAACUGUUUCAACAACUUCGAAAGAAAGCCAUUGACCUGAGCACCUGCCAGGGCUGAGAGUCAGCAAGCUGCAGUCACAGCAGCAUGUACAGCUGCUGAGACUCCUCCCUUUAACACUGCACAUCAACUCUAGCAGCCAAAGGAUUGUGGGAAAUCUGGGAUUGAAGGAGAUGGAGGGGUCAGAGAUAUAUAUGGCUACCGUAGCAAUUGUUGUCUGACUAUAGAGGGGCUUGAAACUACAUUCUUGUGUAUUUAAAUAUCUUCUGAAAGUCUGUAUAAACAGCAGGGACAUUAAAAUAUCAUGCAGUUUCAUUUUCGUCACAUAGCAUUACAUCUGGAAAAGUCACAGAUUCAGAAUUUUGGCAGCUCUGCAAGAACCAACACAAACUAAAAAAAAAAAUUUUAUUCAGCAGCUUUUCAUUCAAAUGUUCACUGUGACCAUUGUACCAUGAUUAUUGUAUUUUUAAGAACUAUUUUGUAUGUUGAAUUUGUUGUUUGUACAGAACCAAAGUAUUUACAUAAAAGCCUGUUUACACUUUGA